UAUUAAAGAAACAUAAGAGGGUAGAGUAGAUAGAAGGAAAAGAAUGGAUAAUAUUACAGCGAGUGAAGCAGCUGGUUUGGGAGUGGGUGCUGUGCUCGUGUGUGCCACCAUUGCUGCCACCAAAGUCGAUGCUUUCUUCUCUUCUUCUCAGCGCAGCUCAUUGGGGUUGUGCAAGCAAUGUGGCAAUCUGAGGCGAUUGGCUUGCUCCAGAUGCAAAGGAACCGGUUCGGUCAGAGAAGGGGGAAUACUUGGUUUUACACUUCUGGAAGAUUUGUAUGAAACACUUGGUAACAGUGAAUCAAAGGUGAAGCAGAUAGCAUGUGUAAAAUGUCAAGCCAAAGGUUACUUUUCAUGUCCUAACUGUUCUGAACAAUAAUCACUAUGGUUUUAUCUUCUUUGCCUACACUAUUCUCAUGCACAACAUUCAAUCUUGUCUUGUAACAUUGUGAAUUGUGUUUAUAACACCUCAUAGAUAGUGGUAUGUUACAUCAGCUUAUAUUCUGCUCCUACUGUAAAUUUUCCUUAUGCCUUGUCGCAAGAACAAACAUAAUUUGAAUACUACUUUGCCUGCAUUCUUUGUA